AUGUCGAAUUACACAGAUUUAUUGAGUAAAAUAGGUAAGGAUAGUUCACGAGCGGCGUGUAAGAAGUGCGGUUAUGCUGGGCACUUAACAUUUCAGUGUAGAAAUUUUAUAAAAGUCGAUCCCAACAAGGAAAUAGUUUUAGAUGUAAGCAGUACAAGUAGUGACAGUGACAUAGAGUAUGCAACACCUCUAGAAAGUUUACGGGAAGCAGAACUGAAGCAAAAAUUGGAGGAAAAGUUAAAGAAGGCUAAAGAAAAGAAGAAGAGUAAAAAGAGGAAGAGAGAAAGAUCUUUGAGUACUUCAUCAACAAGUAGUACUUCAUCUGACAGUAGUGGAUCACACAAGAAGAAGAAGAAGAAAAAGAAAAAGUCCAAAAAGUCAAAGAAAUCGCACAAGGAGAAGAAAAAUAAAAGCUAG